CAGGAAGAACUUUCGUGCAUUUCUCUGGAUGUAGGUGACAUUUUUCUUCUGAGACGAAUUCAACCUUACUGACACACUGAACUACAAUCACUAGUCGACUGCCCUGAUUGCUUCUGGGUCACUUUCAGUCACCAUGCUGGACAUUCACUUAGAAAAGAAAUGAAUUCUUUUAAUGAAACAUCACACGAGACUAACCUUGGGGAUUAUGAUUAUAUUUUCACCGAUGAGACUUAUAAACUCCUGACGUUCACCAUCGGAUCUAUCGGAGUCCUGGGCUUCUGUAAUAACAUCAUCGUCAUUAUUCUCUACUACAGGUUCAAGAGACUCCGAACACCAACGAAUUUGUUAAUAGUGAAUAUAAGUGUCAGCGAUCUGCUGGUGUCAAUCACCGGAGUUAAUUUCACGUUCGUCUCGUGUGUGAAGAGAAGAUGGAUCUUUGAUUCUGCCACAUGUGUUUGGGAUGGAUUCAGCAACAGUUUAUUCGGCAUCGUGUCCAUCAUGACUCUCUCCGGUCUGGCGUAUGAGCGCUACAUCCGUGUGGUUCAUGCCAAGGUCAUUGACUUCCCCUGGGCCUGGAGGGCCAUCACGCACAUCUGGCUGUACUCUUUGGCCUGGACUGGAGCUCCUCUCCUGGGAUGGAACCGCUACACGCUGGAAGUCCAUCAGUUAGGCUGCUCCCUCGACUGGGCUUCCAAAGAUCCCAAUGAUGCUUCCUUCAUUCUCUUCUUCCUCCUCGGAUGCUUCUUCGUCCCCGUGGGUGUCAUGGCCUACUGUUAUGGAAACAUCUUGUACACUGUGAAAAUGCUGCGCUCUAUCCAGGAUCUGCAGACCGUUCAGACAAUUAAGAUUUUGCGAUAUGAGAAGAAAGUGGCGGUGAUGUUCUUAAUGAUGAUUUCCUGUUUCCUGGUGUGCUGGACACCCUAUGCUGUGGUCUCCAUGCUGGAGGCUUUUGGCAGGAAGAGUGUGGUCUCCCCCACAGUUGCCAUAAUUCCCUCUCUCUUCGCCAAAUCCAGCACUGCCUACAACCCCGUCAUCUACGCCUUCAUGAGCAGAAAGUUUCGCAGGUGCAUGUUACAGAUGCUUUGUUCUCGUCUGACCACUCUGCAGCACAGCAUUAAGGAUCGUCCCCUCGCCCGCAUUGAACGUCCUGUCCGUCCUAUUGUGAUGUCACACAGCCGUCCUGAUCGGCCCAAAAAGAGAGUGACCUUCAACUCUUCCUCCAUCGUAUUUAUCAUCGCUAGCAAUGACACUCAUCCACUGGAUAUAACCUCCAAAUGCAAUGACGAACCAGACAUCAAUGUAAUUCAAGUCCGACCGCUUUGACACUUUCCACUAGUGACACUGAAGAACAAUGGUUCAUUAACAUCACACUAAUUUCAUGUUUAUAAUAUACAAAGGAUACAGAAUCAUCUUUUUUAUACAUAUAUAUAUGGAAAAUAUGGAAACAAGGAAUUUUUAAAUGUUGCAGCAGUAAUGCAACAUAAACUGACUUUUUUGUGUUCCCAAUCAAGAUUUGUGUGAAUUAUGUCAAUUGUAACUGCUUGUAAGUAUUUGAUCAAUUGUGUUCCUUCUCCAUCUUUUCGGACACUGAAACUUCCAGCUUUACCCAGUUUCAUGGGAUGGUGAGAUAUCCGCAGCUUUGAUUGCUCAGUCCGUGAGCAGAAUACAUUAGUGAGUGUGCUCAGAUAGAUUAGCAGCACAGUGUUAGUACAAGGACUCUUCUAGGACGGGACGUUUCUCAAAGGCUGCAGCACCUUGUACAUAAAGUCAGUCAAGUCCACAGCGCCCCCUGGAGGAAGCAAUGUGUGUGUCCUAUUUGAAAAACAAGCCAAACAUCUAUUUUUUACUGCUCAAUAUUUAGACUAGGGCUUUGAACAAACCCCUAAAUAUUAAACUUUGGUGAGUUUACCUCAAAUUGCGUUGCUUCUUGAGAAGAGCUGUGUUUACCCUUUUCUGUUAUAGAGGAUAUACUUAAGAUUUGCGAGGGUAUAGAGAUGGUCCUCACUGCAGAACACAAGAUCCAGAGGGCAAGGUUGGAUCCAGAUCCAACUCCUCCCGCACCUGACAUAUCCCUAAACCUACCCGACUCCACCCUCUGAUCCCUAAACCCACCCAUCUCCGCCCCAUAGAUGUGGAUCCAGCCUCCCCCCUGGAUCUUGUGUUCUGCAGUGAGGGCCUACUGGAGGUGUAGGUAAGGUUUGAAUUUGCCAUUGGUGGGUACAUAAUGCAGACAACAGACAUUUAAUUGA